AAGCAAGGUGAAACAGCGUUGACACCUGACCUGAUCGCGUGCAUAGCUUCCAGUCCUCGUCUGCCCACCAUCCUGUCCGUUUCUCCUCUUCCGAGUGCUGCAUGGUGGUGUAAUUAUGCUGAGUCAACGCCAGGGAGUCAGAUUGUGGAGAUGCCUCAGUCGCGGCGGUAUUUGCAUAACUUAUCGAAAUUUCACGGUGACUCCGCUGUCUGGGGAUCAUCAGCUGCUGCAGAAAGCGUGCAGAGAGUUUGCCGAGAAGGAAUUGAUGCCCAUCGCGGCGAGAAUUGAUAGGGAGAUGAGAUUCCCCAUGGAGCUGAUUGAGAAGCUGGGCAGUCAGGGAAUGCUGUACAUGAGUGUGGAUCGUCAAUUUGGUGGUGCUGGACUUGAUAUUUUAGCCCUAUCUCUGGCUGUUGAGGAACUUUCACGCGGUUGCUCAUCAACUGGAGCUGUUGUCUCCAUUCACAACUGCCUGUAUGCCAAUCUUCUGGAUCGCAGAGGAACAGAGGAGCAGAAGAAGCUCUUCCUGGCACCUCUGGUGCUGAAUUCCUCACUCGGUGCCUUCGCCCUCAGUGAAUUCAAUGCCGGAUCCGAUGUGGCAGCCCUGAGUACCACAGCUCGCCAGGAGGGAGACAAGUGGAUUCUCAAGGGCACCAAGGCUUGGGUGACUUCCGCUCGGGAAGCCAAAGUGGCCGUUGUCUUCGCCUCAGUCGACAGGAGUCUGAAACACGCCGGACUCGCGGGCUUUAUCGUGCCUCUGGACGCGCCAGGCGUGAGUGUGGGUAGGAAUGAGGAGAAGAUGGGCAUCCGAGGAACUUCCACCUGCACCCUCGUUCUGGACAAUGUGGAAGUCCCUGAAGGGAAUGUAAUCGGGGAAAUUGGGGAGGGUUUCAAGAUUGCCAUGGAGCAGUUGGAUCUGGCCAGAAUUGGGAUUGCUUCGCAAGCCCUGGGAAUUGCAAGGGCUUCUCUGGAUCUCUCGAUAUCCUAUGCUACCUCAAGAAUCGCAUUUGGACAGUCCAUCAUUACGAUGCCGACUGUGAAGGCCAGAAUCGCCGACAUGGGCCUUCGCCUGGAGGCAGCGCAGCUGCUGACGCGCCGAGCAGCAUUCCUCUUCUCCCAGCCCGGCGGCCGCAGCACCAAGUUCAGCUCCAUGGCCAAACUGGCGGCCAGCGAGUGCGCCGUCUUCAAUUCCCAUAACUGUGUGCAAAUCCUGGGCGGGAUGGGCUACGUGAUGGACCUGCCGGCGGAGAGACUGUAUCGCGACGCUCGGAUCACGGAGAUCUACGGCGGCGUGAGUGAUAUUCAACGGCAGAUUGUGGCUGAUCAGGUGAUCAAAGAAUGCAAUUUUGAGUAAACUUCAGUUAUAUUCUCGAGAAA